AAAGGCGACAGAUCCUCCGCGAGCCACGCGCCUUGACUUUGGCCCCUGCUCCUUUGGCCCGGGAUCUCGUAGCUCUCCCCGUCCACUCCCCCCGCGGCUCGCGACCAGUUGGUCUGCGCCGCCUGCACUCUCUGUGUGCCGGGCCCGCCCGCACUGCGGGGGUGAGGCAGGGAGCCGCCCACGCCGCGCUCGGCGCUCGGAGUCGCCGUCUCCCUGGGACGCGCGCGGGCUACGCGACGCGCGGGAGCCGGGCGGGCAGCCAUGGCGCGGCGCGCCGGGAGGUAGCCGGGCGGGACGCGGAGAGCGCGGGGGCCGCCAUGGCCCGGCGGCGGCGCCGCGCCUGCAUCGCGCUGUUCUUGGUGCUGCUCUUCGCUUUCGGCACUCUCAUGGGCCUGCGCACGCUCAAGGCUCCGGACGGACUCCCGGCGCUGGGCCCCGGCCUGGAGCUGGCGCCCUUUGAGCGACGCCCCGAGGGGGGCCCCGCGCCGGCCGCCCGGGCCCCGGCCGCCCCCGCCGCGCCGCCACCGCCGCCGCCUCCGCCCCGCACCGCGGGUCCGGGCAGCUCCCCGGGGCCGGCCCCAGCGGAGGCCGAGCCCGCCCCCGGGCAGAGUCUGCGCGUCUACUCGGACCUGCACGCCUUCUACUACUCGUGGUACGGGAGCCCGCGGCGCGAGGGCCACUACAUUCACUGGGACCACGUCAUGGUGCCGCACUGGGACCCCAAGAUCUCGGCCAGCUACCCUCGCGGCCGCCACAGCCCCCCUGAAGACUUGGGCUCCAGCUUCUACCCGGAGCUGGGGCCCUACAGCUCCCGGGACCCCGACGUGCUGCGGGAGCACAUGACCCAGCUGAAGGAAGCCGCCAUUGGCGUCCUGGUCCUGUCCUGGUACCCACCUGGCAUGGCUGAUGAUAAUGGAGAACCCUCAGAUGACCUGGUGCCCGCCAUUCUGGACGCUGCCCAUCAGCACAACAUCCAGGUGGCCUUCCACAUCCAACCCUACAAGGGCCGAGAUGACAUCACUCUGCAUGACAACAUCAAGUAUAUCAUUGACACGUAUGGCUCCCAUGGUGCAUUUUACCGCUAUAAGAACAGCAUGGGUAAGAGCCUCCCACUCUUUUAUAUCUAUGACUCCUACCUGACAUCCCCUGAGGCCUGGGCCCACCUCCUGACACCGAACGGGCCCCACUCAAUCCGCAACACCCCCUACGAUGGGGUCUUCAUAGCGCUGCUGGUGGAGGAGGGCCACACCCAUGACAUCCUGGCCGCCGGAUUUGAUGGCAUGUACACCUACUUUGCCUCCAAUGGUUUCUCCUUCGGCUCCUCCCAUCAGAACUGGAAAGCUGUGAAGAACUUCUGCGAUGCCAACAACCUCAUGUUCAUUCCCAGCGUGGGGCCUGGCUACAUUGACACCAGCAUCCGGCCCUGGAACAACCACAGUACGCGGAAUAGGGUCAACGGCAAGUACUAUGAGACGGCCCUGCAGGCAGCCCUGACCGUGAGGCCCGAGAUCGUCUCCAUCACCUCCUUCAACGAGUGGCACGAGGGCACCCAGAUUGAGAAGGCCAUUCCCAAGAAGACACCGACUCGGCUGUAUUUGGACUACCUGCCUCAUCAGCCCAGCCUGUACCUAGAGCUGACGCGCCGCUGGGCAGAGCACUUCAUCAAAGAGAAGGAGCAGUGGCUGAUGUGAGGGGCCUGCAGGCAGGGGCGGGAGGUGCUGACGUCCCAGCCUCACUGGAAGAUGUCACCACGUGGGGCUCGGCACUCGCUCCCAAGUCAGCGGCUGAGUGCUUCUGAGGCAGGUGGGUGCCAGAGUGCCCUGCAGGGACAGGAAACUAGGUGGUGUUCCAGAGAGGGAACCCCAGGGGCUGGCCAGUGGCUGGGCUUAGCCCAAGGCAGCUCCACAUCCUCAGUCAGAACACUUUAAGACAAUCCCGUCUAGCUUGGAGCUCAGCUGGUUGGUGUUCUGGAGUCGCCAAGUCACUGGUCUUAGAAGGGUGUCAGGGCUCUGGGCUAGCAUGCACCCUGCUCUCUGCCAACCUGCGUCCUCUCCAGGCCUCCUUCCCACGUCAUCUGUCUUCCCCAAGUUAGGGAACCACAUUUAAGACUUUCUAAAAGGGAACAUUCUCAGUUUAAGCUCUUCCCAGUAGAUUCCCGAACCCAAUUAUCAGGAAAUAAUCCUGAGCACUCACACAUUCAUUCAACACAUACUCCGCGAGCACCUUACCGCGUGCCAGGUGCUGGGGGAAAACUCGACCAGGGAUGGCUCCUGUCUUCCGAAGCUUACAGGAGCCAGCUUUCCUCAUUUGGUGUGGCCUUGUAGCUAGUGCCUAAGCACAGCUACAAGUUUUUCCUUUUUGCUGUUUUGCCCAGUGCUGGGAGUUCAGUUCUUUUUCCUCGAAGAAAAUACCUCUGCGCUCCAGAGCCUCCGUUUUCCUAGGUAAACAUUUAGCUCCAGGGGGAGGACUAGGACACCCCCCUCCCUUUAGCUGCCUGAACUGAAUGAGGCCCACUCACUAGAGCCAUUUUCAGUGCGACUGUGAUUUGUAUUAAAAAUGACGUGUUGUUCCUA